GUUUCAUUUAGCAAAGAGAAAUAAUCCACGAGAAAGACGGACAGCGUGCUUGAUAAACAAGAUGUUCCUGACUGUUUAUUGGUUUAUUGUGUGACACUUAUGAUAGAGCUUAGGUUGAAAUGGACGAUGCUACAACCCCUGGCAGAAAAGGCAACUUGACUGGAAGUGCCAGAAAAGUGAAGGAUAACGCAGCAGACUGGCAUAAUUUAAUCCUGAAAUGGGAGCGUCUGAGUGACGAAGGAUCCUCCAUCGCAACCAAAAUAGUCAACUUCAGACUGAGCAAAGACAGGUCUGUGAAGGACCCUGAGGUCAUGAUGGAGGGCCAGAUUUCAUCUGCAGCUCCUGAAGAAAGACGUGCAUAUCAUAGCAACCCAGAGCUAGAGGAGGAAUGCACCAAACUACAGAAUAUUGUAGACAAAAUGGCCCACAUUCUGUCUAAAAUGGAAAAAAUGGUGUCUUCUGAGAAGGGGAUAUGUGAACUGGAGACAUUUCAGUAUGGAGAGAAUGGAAGACCAACACCACUGUUUCAUACUUGGUCCACAAAGCAGUUUGCCGAAGUGUCUUCUGGACUUUAUGAGGCUUACAAGCAGGAGCUGGCCCUUAAGAGCACCAUAUUACAGGAGGUGGCUCACACAACUAACCCAGAUCUCUGCAUGGUGUAUCUCUCCUGCUGGCUCUAUCAACCCUACAUCCAGGAUAACACCAAACUUCUCCUAGAGAGUUUAUUGAUGGAGACAGGCUACAGAGCUGUUUAAUUUAUUCAUUUGACUUUAUUUCUUAUUUAACAACACAUGAUGGAAUGGGAUGCAGUGUAUGCUAUAGAAUAGGCUGUAAAUUUGUACAGAAUAGUUCCGUGGAUAAUGGUAUAGCAUUUUCUAAUGAAAAAUUUGUUUUUACAUUGACAUUGUCUUGACACUGUUGUCAAGUGAAAAAAGCAGUGCAAUUAAUUCAGGGAAAAAUGCUAGUUAGCUAAACAGUAAGUGUGUGUCUGUAUCUUUUUUUUUCUCUCUCUGUGUGUAUAUACAAAUUUAUUUUAUUUCUUAUAAGACUCAAGUUCAUAUGUAAGGCAUAACAGAAUGGCACAAUCAUCAAAUAAAACAUGG